AUGCUUCGAGCCAGAACGCAGUUCUUGAGGACUCUCAGCUCAAAAGUUGCAGGAAAUCAUGAAAACCAUCAAGUUUCGAAACUAGCCAAUGGCUUGCGUGUGGCUACCAGCAAUGUUCCCGGCCAUUUUUCGGCUUUGGGUAUUUAUGUAGGAGCCGGGUCUCGAUACGAAACGGCUAAAAUGAAGGGUUGCACGCACAUUAUGGAUCGUUUGGCAUUUAAGUCGACAGAACACAUGUCAGGCAGGGAAAUGGCGGAGACUCUUGAACUGUUAGGUGGUAAUUAUCAGUGCUCGAGCUCGCGUGAAACCAUGAUGUACCAGGCCUCUGUUUUUAAUGGCGACGUCGAGAAAAUGUUUGCACUUAUGGCCGAGACAGUGAGGUUUCCGCGCAUCACAGCAGAAGAACUCGAAGAGCAAAAGCUCACCGCCGAGUACGAAAUUGAUGAAGUAUGGAAUAAGCCCGACUUGAUCUUGCCCGAGUUGCUUCACGUUACGGCAUUUUCGGGCGAAACCAUAGGCUCUCCUCUACUUUGUCCAAAGGAGCUCAUCCCAUCAAUCUCAAAUUAUUACUUAAAAGACUAUAGGCGCAAGUUGUACACACCUGAUAAUAUUGUUGCUGCCUUUGUCGGAGUACCUCAUGAAAAAGCGCUAGCUUAUGCUCACAAGUACUUCGACACCAUGACAUUACCUGCCGGUCAUGCUCGCCGCGAAAUUAAAGCUGCCCAUUACACGGGCGGACAAAUGUGCAUACCUCCAGCUCCUGUAUUUGGAAAUCUUCCUGAACUGUGUCAUAUCCAAGUGGGUUUUGAGGGCCUACCAAUCGGCCAUCCAGACAUAUAUGCUUUGGCUACUCUACAGACUUUGUUGGGAGGCGGAGGAUCAUUCAGCGCUGGUGGACCAGGAAAGGGAAUGUAUUCUCGUCUCUACACUCAUGUUUUGAACCAGCACUUUUUUGUCGAAAACUGCGUGGCAUUCAAUCAUUCUUAUUCGGAUUCUGGUAUCUUUGGAAUUUCUGCUUCGUGUGUCCCACAAGCAGCUCCAUAUAUGGCCGAAAUUAUUGCUCAGCAACUGGCAAACACAUUUGCAACAGGUAAAUUUCAGUUGACAGAGGAGGAGGUCUCCAGAGCCAAGAACCAGCUGAAGUCUUCUUUGCUGAUGAAUUUAGAGUCGAAACUCGUGGAGCUUGAAGAUUUGGGCAGGCAAGUGCAACUUCAUGACCGUAAAAUUCCCAUUAGUGAAAUGAUUUCAAGUAUAGAAAGGCUGACUACUGAAGACAUCAGAAGGACGGCACAAAAUGUGUUUUCAGGCAAGGUUCAAAACAAGGGCAAGGGAACUGGAAAAGCAACUAUUGUCAUGCAGGGGGAAAGAGAAUCAUUUGGGGACGUUGAAACUGUCUUGAGAUUUUACGGUCUAGGAAAUUACGAAAAGUUAGACCUUCCUGUGACCAAAAAACCAAAAAAAGAUGGUUUUGAGAGUGGCGCGUCCGACACAAGCUCUCCAAUUCCUUGUAUAUAA